CUCUUUGAAUUUUUGAAUGUGUUCGCUUAUUGUUUUUGUUUAAGUUUUCCUUUUAGUUUUUAUCAACGUUAGUUGCUACUAGUGCGCUAUUACACAAGUGGCCUUGCAGCCAAACAGUUUUUGAGAUCGGACACACAGGUGCAUCACCGUGCCCAGAUUUUAUGGUAGCAAUACUUCACUGUACAGACACACAAACUGACAAAUAAGAUAUGGAGAAGACGUCGACGAACUCGUUUCAAUUGAAACUCAAACUGAAACACAAUUCAUUUCGCUGGAGAACGCGCAGCUGAAAACAUUUUCCACCUCGGUUUUAUUCGCCUUCUAAUUGAUAUUUGUUUACAUACGGGUUUUUGGCCUUUGGUCUUUUGCGUCUCCGAUAGAGCCCAAAAAAAAAUAAAAUGGAGCAGUGGAACAAUGUGGAGCUGACAAACAUGUCCAAAAAGUCAUACACCCUAAAUCACGAGUACGACGCAGCCCAGAAAUUAAACAAGGAGAACAGUGCGCCAUCCUCGAAUGGAAAUGGGACCAGUGCGGAGGAAAAGCCUGUGGAUGGGGAUCUUCUCAAGCCAGGAUCAGAUGUGCGACCAAAAGUGGAGCCGGAUGAUGUGGAGAGCCUGCUGCGAAGACUUUACGGCAUUACGAUAAGCGAGGUCAAGGAAAUUAUCGCCUACGACGAUCGCAACUUCUUCGUCAAGGAGGAUAGCAAUGUUAAGAACCCCCUCAUUGUAACCCACUGUCCACAUGGCUAUGUAUUAAAAAUCCUUAACUCACUGGACUCCAAGAAAGUGGACUUUGUGGACGGCCAAAAUCAACUGCUGCUCUAUUUACAAAAGCACAGCGUCACGUGCCCCAGACCGAUAGCCAAUGCCACUGGAAAGUAUUAUUCGGUGGAACGGCUGAAUGGAAAUUCAAACGUAGUGCGACUUCUGGAAUAUAUCCCGGGCGAAAUCUUCCAUCAGGUGCCGGUGACGAAGCACCUGCUCUUUCGUAGCGGGGAAUACUUGGCCAGAUUGGAUCGAGCUCUCAAGAAUUUCACCCACGAGGCCUACGAAACCCACAAAACCCUUUGGAUGCUGCAAAGUGUUCCGGAACUGAGGCAAUUUCUGUAUGUGGUCAAGGAUCAGGAGCGCCGUCUUAUCUGCGAAGAGGUGAUCGAUGCGUUUGAGGCAAAGGUCCUUAGUUUAUUGCCCACCCUGGAACACCAGAUUAUCCACGGCGAUUUCAACGAACAGAAUAUUUUGGUAGAGCAGGCCCCCAAUCAAACCGAAUACUCAAUCAAGGGUGUGAUUGACUUCGGGGAUACGAGCAAAUCGCCGUUGAUCUUUGAGAUCGGAGUCGCCCUCACCUAUAUGAUCCUGCAGGCCAACGAUCUGGCAAGCGGUGGCAUCUUUCUGUCCGGUUACACCAGUCUGAACCCCAUUGAUAACUCCGAAUUGGCUCACCUCAAAUAUUGCGUUGCCGCCAGAUUGGUUCAAAGUCUGGUCAUGGGUCUCUACACCCACACACUGCAUCCCACGAAUGAUUACCUGCUGGUCACCCAGGAGCAGGGAUGGAAACUCCUGCAGAAGCUGUGGCGCGAGAGCUUCGAGGAAGUGGAUGAGCUGUGGGCGACCACCGGUCAUCAGUACUUGACGCAGAGCAAUAAAUAAUUGUCAAUUAUAAGAAUUUUAACAUAUCACCUGUGCAAAAUAAGUUGCGAGUCCAAGUAUUGAUUGCAUUUUGUUGCUUUACAAUUUACUUUAUCCGAUAUAUUAUUAUCAUUAUCUUUACAAUAAAACUUGUUAAACAAAUACAAAUA